GUGAGCUGUAGUUUAAAAAGCCAGCUCAAGGAAGGGAAUGUGCAGUUGGGAUUUGGGGUGGAGAAAGAAACAAGCUCCCAGAAGAGCAUAUCAGAGAAAAGUGAAAGUCCAGGUGUUCAGAGGCCGAGAACAAAGGAUGUGGUUAUACAUCAUACUUCUAGGUUUCGGACUCCAUGUGAAUGCACAACAAGACUGCUCUCACGGAGGAUGUUAUCCUGCAAUAGGAGAUCUGCUUAUUGGAAGAACAGAUCAACUGAGAGCUUCUUCUACUUGUGGAAUGGAAAGUCCAGAAAUUUACUGCACUCCCUUUGGAGAGGCCCAGUUUCAAUGCUGCCGAUGUGAUUCUCGAGAACCCUUUUCAGCAGUGAGUCAUCGGAUCAUUAAUGUGGUCUCUCCAAUUGGUCAUCUUCGCUGGUGGCAGUCUGAGAGUGGAGUCGAUGCAGUUUCUCUGCAAUUUGACUUGAACAGGAAGUUUCAGCUCAGUGAUGUCAUUUUGGAUUUCAGGAGCCCCCGGCCAGCUGGCAUGCUGAUCGAGCGGUCUUCUGACUCUGGGAAGACUUGGCAGGUCUAUCAGUAUUUAGCCUUUAACUGUGCUGCUUCCUUUCCUCACAUAAGACAAGGUCGACCCCAAAACCUUGAGGAUGUGCGAUGUCAAGAACUGCAAGGGAACCCGAUACAUGGGGGCAAGAUACAAUUUAGCCCAAUGGCAAUGGCUUUCUCAUCUCCUGUGUCUAAAAGCCAACAAAUCCAUGAGCUUGGACAGUUCACCAACCUGAGAAUAAAUUUCACACAACUGACACACCAGCCCCCCCGGAGAUAUCGAGAACCGAGUGCAUUCUAUGCAGUCAAUGAGAUGCGCGUGCAUGGCAGUUGCUUUUGUUAUGGUCAUGCAGACCGCUGCAUAUCAGAUAAUGAACUAGAAAAAGACCCAUUUGGUGACAUUCAGAUACAUGGUGCAUGUGCAUGCCAACAUAAUACAGCUGGAACAAACUGUGAGCGUUGUGCUGACCUCUACAAUGACCUGCCCUGGAGGCCUGCUGACGAAAACAACCCAAAUGUGUGCAAACGCUGUAAGUGCAACAAUCACUCUGACAAGUGCCACUUUGACUCUGCUGCAUAUGAAGCCAGUGGCAGAGUGAGUGGAGGCGUGUGUGAAGACUGUGCAGAUGGCACUACCGGGAAGAACUGCGAGAGGUGCAGACCUGACUACUACAGGAAUCCAAAUCAAGAUAUCAGCCAGAGAGAUGCCUGCAUCUCAUGUGAUUGUGAUCCGGAGGGCAGUGUAGAAGGUGGCAGUUGUAACUCUAUGAAUGGAAGAUGCAUCUGUAAAGAAAAUGUUGGGGGAGAGAGGUGCGAUCAGUGCAAGCCAGGGUACUACCAACUGAGCUCAGCCAACCCACAGGGUUGUACCAAGUGUGACUGUAACCCUGAAGGCACUGAGAGAAACCAGCCAUGUGACAGUGAAACAGGACAAUGUCGAUGUCUUCCAAAUGUUACAGGUCGGCGCUGUGACCAGUGCACCUCACACCACUGGAAUAUCGCCAGUGGGAGGGGAUGUCAGAUGUGUGGCUGCCAUGUUAGGAAUUCUUACAGUCUCCAAUGUAAUCAGGUCACUGGACAAUGUCUGUGUAGACAGGGCUUUGGCGGCCAAUUCUGCACUGAGUGCCCAGAAAGGACAUAUGGAACCCUACGGUCUGGAUGCCAAGAAUGCAACUGUAAUUUCCAAGGAACACUUGAAAAUGGUUGUGAUAAGGCAACUGGGAAAUGCUUGUGCCGACCAGGAAUUGUGGGAGAACGGUGUGAUUCCUGCCAAAGAGGCUACACUGAUACAUUCCCAAACUGCAGGCCCUGCCAUUCCUGCUUCCAGUUUUAUGACUAUGAACUUAGAGGUUUAAACACACAAAUGCAAACUUUUCACAACACUACUGCUGGACAAGUAUCCCAGUUUGAUGUGGACUUCGGACCUCGGGUGGCCAGUGUUGAAGCUGAACUACAGCGUAUUCAGAGACUGUCUGGCGGAUCGGGUAUCUCAAACAGUGAGCUUUUACGCAUGGAAAACCAUCUGACAAAAAUGAGGGGAGACAUGGGGCAACUAAAUCUGGACCAGCAGUGGGUGGAUGGAUUUGGUUCCCUAUCUGCUGACAUGAAUUCCUUGAGGUUGGAUUUUACCAUUGUUAAUGGACUUUACCAGAGGAAAGUGACCCAACAUGCUAACAGCAUCGCUACUGAUGCCUUAGGUAUAUACAGUACCGUUAAUGCAGCCUACCAAUCAUCACUAGAAGCAGCCGAGAGGGUGGCUAUGGCCCAGACAACUAUAUCCCAAUCAAGGGAAAGUAGGAGAGGGGUAAAUGGCCUUGAAGGGAAGACCAAAGAAGCAGUGUUUGACCUGGAGACAUUAAAAGACGAGCUCUCCUACCCAAAUCUCACUCCAACCAUCAACAGGAUUUGUGAGGGUGUAAGAACAGAAUCAUGCACACCAGAGAACUGCCUUGGUACUGUGUGUCAGAGGAACAAUAUUACCUUGUGCCAAGUUGGAUCCAGUUGCAGAGGAGCAUUUCCUUUGUCCAUGAAUGCACUAAGGACUACAGAGAAAACUGCCAAAGAGCUCCAGGACCUGAAUAGUCAACUGCUGAAGAACACACAGAUGAUACAGGAAGCUGAAAAAACAUCCAACCAAAUCAAGGAUAGUGCCCAACAGCUGUCAGAACAAGUGACCAGGACCAGGACUCGCAUGGAACAAGAUAUUGGGAGCACCAGACAGUUUAUAAAGCAAGUUAGAGACUUCUUAACGGAGCCUUCCACAGAUCCAGCCACUAUCCAAGAGGUUAGCGAGUAUGUGUUGUCACUCAAGCUACCUGUUGAUGCCUCUUCCCUUCAGAGGAAAAUGAAAGAAAUAAGGAACAUAGCAGGAAAAUUGCCUAAUGUUGAUGCAGUGCUGACUCAAACAAAAGAGGACAUUGCCAAAGCAAAGAAACUGCAGAAUGAGGCUGAAGAAGCCAGGAACAAAGCAAUCAAUGUUGAAGAAAAUGUGGAUGAUGUUGUAGGUAAUAUUAAUCAAGCAAGGAGAAUCCUCCAGGAAGCAGAAGAUAAAAUCCGUGGAUCAAGCACAUCUUUGCUGCAAAUCCAGGAUCGUAUGCAAGAGAUUGAGCAAGUUCUGGGGCCGGUAGAAAGGGGUCUGACAGAUGUCCAUGAUCAGCUUCAGGGCUUUACACAACGAGUGGAAAAUCUGCGCAAAGGAACUGCAGAAAGUCUACAGAAGGCUGGUCAGGCUCAGCAAGCAGCUGAGGGAGCUCAUAGCAAAGCUAUGGAUGCACAACAGGGUCUAGGUGCCGUGCAGGAAAAAUAUGCCUUAUUGAAGAACCGCUUAGGCCAAGUAUCCAGUCUUGGUGCCCAGGGACAGAAGGUGGCAAAUAUCAAGAUGGAGGCUGAUCAGCUUUUCAAAGAGUCAGAAGGAAUGCUCAAAAAGAUGAACGAAAUUGAGGCCGAGCUUCGAGAGGGUCAGGAGUCUGUGAUGAACAGAAUUUCAGAGCUGCAGGACAUGGAAGAAGAGGUCAAGAGUCUGCGAGAUGACAUCCGUUCAAGAGCUGCCUUUUACGCAACCUGUAGGGAUUAAAAACAGUGGGACAUUGCCAUUUAUUUGUGUCUGAAUGUUACUUGAAUUUUCUUCUUGUCUCUGCUUGUAUACAAAAGGUCAAUAUUUCAAGGUUUUAAUUCCAGAUUCUAUGGAUUAUUAUUUUUUACAUUCUCUGAUGAUGCUUGCACAUUUGCACAUUUUCCAGUUUGUGUGCAGUUUUUGGAGCAAACAUUGGAAUUCAAAAAUAAAAGGGAAGUAAAAUAA